CACCUCUCCGGCAGCAACCUGAACUUCCGCGUGGUGGCCGGGGAGCACAACCUGAACGCCAACGAGGGCAGCGAGCAGGUCUUCAGCGUCAGCAGGAUCAUCAUCCACCCCUACUAUAACAGCAACAACGUCGCCGCAGGCUACGACAUCGCCCUGCUGCGCCUGGGCAGCUACGCCACCCUCAACAGCUACGUGCAGCUGGCGGUGCUGCCCCAGGAGGGCACCAUCCUGCCCAACAACUACCCCUGCUACAUCACGGGCUGGGGCCGCACCCGCA